AGCCACCAGUGUCUGACACGUGUGUGUGUGUGUGUGUGUGUGAGAGAGAGAGACCUGGGACGACUCGUUCAUUUCCCUCAUCCUUCAUUUCAAAGCAGUGGAACCAAGAGAACACAGCUCUCGACAUGGGAAUAGGGCAUGGUCAGGACGUGGACACCAUGCCUGCAAAGGUUGGGAAGAAGAAGAGGAAGGAGAAGGAUCUGGAUGAGCUGAAGAAGGAAGUGGACAUCGAUGACCAUAAGAUCUCUCUGGAGGAGUUGAGCCAGCGUUAUGGAGUUGAUCUGUCCAGGGGUCUGACCAACAAGCGCGCUCUGGAGAUUCUGGCGCGCGACGGGCCCAACGCUCUGACUCCGCCCCCCACCACCCCGGAGUGGGUCAAGUUCUGCAAGCAGCUGUUCGGCGGCUUCUCCCUCCUGCUGUGGACCGGGGCGCUGCUCUGCUUCUUCGCCUACAGCAUCCAGGCCGCCACCGAGGACGAGCCGGCCAAUGACAAUUUGUAUCUGGGCGUGGUGUUGGCAGCUGUAGUCAUCAUCACUGGCUGUUUCUCCUACUACCAAGAGGCCAAGAGCUCACGCAUCAUGGACUCCUUUAAGAACAUGGUCCCACAGCAAGCGCUAGUGAUCCGUGAGGGGGAGAAGAUGCAGAUUAACGCAGAGGAAGUGGUCAAGGGAGACCUGGUGGAGAUCAAAGGAGGUGACCGCAUCCCCGCUGACCUCAGGAUCAUCGCCGCCAGUGGUUGCAAGGUGGAUAACUCGUCUCUAACGGGGGAGUCGGAGCCUCAGACUCGCUCUCCUGAGUUCACCAACGACAACCCUCUGGAGACCAGGAACAUCGGCUUCUUCUCCACCAACUGUGUGGAGGGCACGGCCCACGGUAUCGUGAUCUUCACGGGCGACCACACGGUGAUGGGGCGCAUCGCUACGCUGGCGUCUGGGCUGAGUGUGGGCCAGACGCCCAUCAACCGCGAGAUCGAGCACUUCAUCCACAUCAUCACGGGCGUGGCCGUGUUCCUGGGCGUCUCCUUCUUCAUCCUCGCCAUGAUCCUCGGCUACACCUGGCUGGAGGCCGUCAUCUUCCUCAUCGGAAUCAUCGUCGCCAACGUGCCCGAGGGACUGCUCGCCACCGUCACCGUGUGUCUGACGCUGACGGCUAAGCGCAUGGCCAAGAAGAACUGUCUGGUGAAGAAUCUGGAGGCCGUAGAGACGCUGGGUUCCACCUCCACCAUCUGCUCCGACAAGACCGGAACCCUGACGCAGAACCGCAUGACCGUCGCCCACAUGUGGUUCGACAACCAGAUCCACGAGGCCGACACCACCGAGGACCAGUCUGGCUCUGGCUUUGAUAAGACAUCUCCUACAUGGACGGCUCUGUCUCGGGUCGCUGGGCUGUGUAACCGCGCUGUCUUCCAACCAGGACAGGAGGACACGCCCAUAUUGAAGAGGGACACUGCAGGCGAUGCGUCUGAGUCUGCGCUGCUGAAGUGUAUUGAGAUGUCCUGUGGAUCAGUGAGAGCCAUGCGCGACAGCAACCCCAAAGUAGCAGAGAUCCCCUUCAACUCCACCAACAAGUACCAGCUGUCCAUCCAUGAGCCGGAGGAGAGCCCCAACAGCAACCUGCUCAUCAUGAAGGGAGCGCCGGAGAGAAUUCUGGACAGGUGCAGCACUAUCAUGAUUCAGGGGCAGGAGGUUGCCAUGGACGACGACUGGAGAGAUGCCUUCCAGAAUGCCUACAUGGAGCUGGGAGGACUGGGGGAGAGAGUGCUGGGGUUCUGUCACCUCCCUAUGCCAGUGUCCCAGUUCCCUCAGGGUUUCUCCUUCGACUGUGACGAGGUGAACUUCCCCACGGAGCGCAUGUGCUUCCUGGGCCUGAUGUCCAUGAUCGACCCGCCCCGUGCAGCCGUGCCGGACGCCGUGGGCAAGUGCCGCUCCGCCGGGAUCAAGGUGAUCAUGGUAACCGGGGACCACCCCAUCACAGCCAAGGCCAUCGCUAAGGGCGUGGGCAUCAUCUCCGAGGGCAACGAGACCGUGGAGGAUAUCGCCGAGAGACUCAACAUCCCGCUCAGCCAAGUCAACCCAAGGGAGGCCAAGGCCUGUGUGGUCCAUGGCUCUGAUCUGAAGGACAUGAGUGUGGAGUAUCUGGACGACCUCCUGAGGAACCACACGGAGAUCGUCUUCGCCCGCACCUCCCCCCAGCAGAAGCUCAUCAUCGUGGAGGGCUGCCAGAGACAGGGUGCUAUCGUGGCGGUCACUGGUGACGGGGUCAACGACUCCCCCGCUCUGAAGAAGGCGGACAUCGGGGUUGCCAUGGGGAUCGCCGGCUCAGACGUGUCCAAACAGGCUGCAGACAUGAUCCUACUGGACGACAACUUCGCCUCCAUCGUCACCGGAGUGGAGGAGGGUCGCCUGAUCUUUGAUAACCUGAAGAAGUCCAUCGCCUACACGCUGACCAGCAACAUCCCCGAGAUCUCGCCCUUCCUCGUCUUCAUCCUCGCCAGCGUCCCGCUCCCCCUCGGCACCGUCACCAUCCUCUGCAUCGACCUGGGCACCGACAUGGUUCCUGCCAUUUCUCUGGCCUAUGAGAUGGCAGAGAGUGACAUCAUGAAGCGGCAGCCCCGCAACCCACAGACAGACAAGCUGGUCAACGAGCGACUCAUCAGUAUGGCCUAUGGACAGAUCGGCAUGAUCCAGGCUCUAGCAGGCUUCUUCACGUACUUUGUGAUCCUGGCGGAGAACGGCUUCCGGCCCAGUGUCCUGGUGGGCAAGAGACUGGAGUGGGACGACCGCGCCAACAACGAGGUGGAGGACUUCUACGGACAGCAAUGGACAUAUGAGCAGCGUAAGAUCGUGGAGUUCACGUGCCACACGGCGUUCUUCACGAGCAUCGUGGUGGUGCAGUGGGCCGACCUGAUCAUCUGCAAGACCAGGAGGAACUCGCUCUUCCAGCAGGGCAUGAAGAAUCGGAUCCUGAUCUUUGGCUUGUUUGCGGAGACGGCUCUGGCUGCUUUCCUCUCCUACUGUCCUGGCAUGGACGUGGCUCUCAGGAUGUACCCAUUAAAGGUGUCCUGGUGGUUCUGUGCGUUCCCCUACAGCCUCCUGAUCUUCAUCUACGAUGAGAUACGCAAGCUCAUCCUGCGCAGGAGGCCUGGAGGCUGGGUGGAGAUGGAAACAUACUAUUAAACCAAUCAGCACACCGUCCCUUCAACCAAUCAACAAUCAGCACACCGGCCCUUCUUCAGUAUACUGCUGUGUAGGCCAGCCUAUAUCUGUGAACAUCUCUCUGAGGGUGUGUGUGUGUGUGUGUGUGUGUGUGUGUGUGUGUGUGUGUGUGUGAGUGAGUGAGUGAGUCAGAAGGUCCUGGCUGGUGAAUCCUGAAUGCUGCCUCCACACAGUCAUGUGGCACAUGUAUGGAAACGCUGCAUUUGAAAUGUCCUGUGCAGCACGGACGCCACAUAUACAUGAGCCGUGUUUGCAAAAAUAAAGAAUUAAUUA